CUUAAAUCCCGCGCCCCCUUCUUCCUCCUCAUCCCCUCCCGAUCUCCCGCACCACUCCCAUCCACCAAUCAAUCCUGAAUUCCUGUCCCGGUGGACUUCCUGCUCCCCAACGGCUACUGUGCCAUUCACCGCACCUCCUCCCCCUCCGGCCAAUCCAACCCAAUCCAAUGGCGACGACGCCGGCGCGGCCAUCACAGAGCGAGGCCGGCGAGGCGGUGUCGGUGCAGCACGUGGCCAAGGCCUCCUCGGACGAGCUGCUCCGCAAGUUCGCCGACCCGGACGACGGCGACUCCUCCAACCAGCGGUCAACCCCGCCCCGCCGCAGCCUCGCGCUGCGCCGCAAGCGCUCGUCCCGCCGCGUCGCGUCGGGGCUCUCCGCCAGAGACUCCAGCGCGUCCGGGGCGGACCUGGAGCUGGCGGCGCCCAAGCGGCGGCGCAGCAUCGGCGGGUCCACGGACUGGAGGGUCGGGCUGCUGCUGCCCACCACCACCACGGCCUCCUCCUCCUCCGCCGCCGCGCGCAAGGGCAACGGCGGCCACGCGCGUGCGAAGCGGGGCGCGCGGCUCGACGAGGCCGGCGUCGCGCACUUCCUCGCCGCGCUGGAGCGGACGUGGAAGAAGACGGUGGCGGGCGCGUCGAGGAUGUUCGUGGAGCGGCACCGGAGCAGCCACGUGCAGCUCAUCAGCGACAUGGUCUAGCAGAUGAGAUCACCGUGCCCACUGCCCGCCCGGCGGCCGUCUGCUCGGGGUUGAUAGCUACUCCAGUUUCUGCGAAUUACUAACUGAAUUCGUUUCUGAACUUAGCGGAAUAAAAAUGGCAGAGAAGGAUUAACGAGGCGAAUCGAACCAGCUACGUUUCUCCGGGCGGUUCAGCGUAUUUCUUUGCCGUUGCAAGUGUGUUUGCUUAUGCUCAUUCCUUCAUCGCCACCACAUUGUAAAUUCAAGUUUGCAAAUUCUGUACCAUUGCUAUACUAUAUGCCAAUUGGAUUUUUCAUCUUCCA